CAUCAUUAAUGACCGCGAGUUGGUGUUUUUGUAUUAAAACAGCUUCAUGGCUGUGUGGAGUUUACACUAAGGAUAUAGAGGUAUUAAGCAAGUAAUGAACAAUAUCAUCAAAAUUCAAAUGAAAUUGUGAACUGGCAAAAGGAAAACAUUAAGAAAUCAGAUAUUUUCAACAAAGACAAGAAAAUCUGACCUAAAAUACGACUUGGAUCAAUGGCUGUCCGUGAGAUGGGAGGCAGUAUAGAAAAAAAACGGCUCGGAUAAAAAGGGAUUAAAAGUUUUCUGGGAGUCUUGAGGAAGAGUACAAGACAUACAGGACAAAAUGCCCAUUCGGAUUAAAACAGACUAUCCAGUCGCCAUACGACGAAGGCCGCGAAAUAAGCGACCAGAACUUCCACGAGGGAAGCCCUCAAGGCGUAGUGUCCUCCUGACGCUGACCUUUGUAGUAAUGUCUGGCUUCACAAUCUGGUUAUAUUUGAGUCAAUAUAUCGACGGACCGGGCGUUGGCACCCUGGGCCCAGACUUCGAUUACUCUUGGAGACCGAUGAACAACUCACAAGGGACAUUAACAAGAAAAGGGCACAGAAUGUCACUUCCGUUCUGCCGAGGAAUAUUUCAAAAUAAUCCAAGAACUAUGCAACAGGCAACGACUUAUAUGAAACAUCGACCUCGUUUUUCAAUAUCGGAUAUCACCUACUACCACAUGUUGGAAGACUGUGAUAGCUUUAUCAAAAAGCGCGAAUAUAUAAUGCAGACACUUUCCGACGAGGAGAAAGAAUUUCCUUUAGCGUACGACAUCGUGAUGUAUAAGGAGGUUGAACAGACUGAACGACUGCUGCGCGCCAUAUAUAUGCCGCAAAAUUACUACUGUCUUCACGUGGACAAGAAGUCUCCCGCUAUUGUCCACAAAGUGAUGGACAGGCUCACACAGUGCUUUCCAAAUGUCUUCAUGGCGUCGAAAUUAGAAGACGUGGUCUGGGGGACCAUGACCGUCCUAGAGGCCGACUUAAACUGCAUGAAAGAUCUUCUGAAGUUUAAGAAGUGGCGCUACUUUAUUAAUCUCACGGGGCAGGAGAUGCCCUUGAAAAGUAACCGGGAGCUUGUCAGGAUCCUAAAGGCGUAUGAUGGUGCAAACGAAAUAGAAGGGUACAUUGAUAACUCAUUUAAACCUCGCUACGAGUAUGCCCACGUCAGCUCAAAGGCGACCAAACGCAAGAAUCCCCCACCACCGCAUCACAUCCGUGUCACUCAUGGAGCUGUGCAUGUCAUUGCGACGCGGGCGUUCGUUGAAUUUGCCAUCAAUAAUCAGACCGCCAAGGAUUUUCAAAAGUGGCUGAACAGCACCUUCAUUCCCGACGAGUUGUACUUCUCAUCCCUUAAUUCUAGCCCCGAGCUGAAUGUUCCAGGCGCAUAUAAAGGCCUCCCAACCAAAGAAGCCUCCCUCAAACCAUUCCUACUCCGCUACAAACUUUGGCAGCAUGCUGACAAAUGUGAGGGAUACUGGCAGCGGCAUGUAUGCAUCUUCAGCAUCCAAGAUCUUCCCAGGAUGAUUGGACAGAAACACUUUUUUGUCAACAAGUUUGAACUGGAGUAUGACUUUUUGGCCCUUGACUGUAUUGAAGAAUUGGUUCAUAACAAAACGCUCCUGUCAAGCAGCAAAGACUUCGAAUAUGAUGUCAGUUUUUAUCAAGAGUUAGCUCAUGUUAAAAAUCAUGUUAAACUUUGACUGCGAUAAGAUUUCAAACUUUGGCUUUAUCCUGACAAUCGCUUGACCUUGAUGAAUUUCAACCAACUAAUCUUGCAACUUAAAAUUUCUCAAAUGCAACUUUGGAUGUUUUCUUGCGGGCAAUGUUCAUUGGAACACUGGAUUCGGAAUUGACGUUGUUUACCGUUAUUAUAUCACAUAUGUUUCAAUUGUUUUUCAACAAUAGCUUCGCUUUAAAGGCCUACGCCGUUCGUUAAAAACUUUGAAUUCAAUUUAAAAACGUCCAUUUGCGGAAAUACGUACUACAUAUAAAUUUCAACAUUGCCGUUGUGUAGACUGAUAUACAAAUACUAUGAAUACCAAGUUUAACCAAAUUUGUACUCAUAAUAACUGCACUACAGCAUUGUGUAUCAGUGGAUUUCUAUUUAACUGGAUCACAAGUAAUUACGAACGGCGUACCCCUUUAAUGUUUCUUUACAUAUAUUCAUUCAUAUAGGAGGUGGUGGUGUGACAUUUUAUAGGAUUUGCCAUACUGUAUUGGUUAUAUCAAAGAUCAUCAAAAUAGAAGGAUAAACAACUAAUGAACGCAGAAGCUGUAUAUCAAAGCUGCACCCUAACAUAGCAUUUUACAAUGAAUCGCUGGUCUUUUUCACAGUUAGUACAGGUGUGCAAUGGAUAGUAGUCCCAGGGCUGAUAGUCCGUGUAACAAUAGCCCGCAUUGCUGAAUGUUUUGGUUAGGGUUAGCGGUACAAUAGAUCAUGCUGCUUAAUUGAUCAAAUACAAUGCUACCGGACUAUGACUCCAGGGGGACUAUAUCCGCUGUCACACCGGUACAUUAGGUGUAAAAAUAUGUAAAAUCAGUGCCAUAGUUGUAAUUUCAACUCGAUGUGAUUUACGGAUCUUUGCUGUUGUAAACAGUUUACAUCAUUCCAACUGUACCUUUAUACUUGGUGUAAAAACAUAUCUAUUAUUUUAUUUUGAAUAAAAUUGUUCUAAAACUUGGUUACAA